GUGCAGAGUCCGCCUUGGCUCUCAUCUUGACGAGUGGUGUGUCCUGAAAGAUCAUUUGGGGUUUUCUCUGCACUCUCAGCUUGCAAAGUUUUUGCUGGACAGUUACAGGACAACUACCAGCCCUAAAUCUCCAGCUCCAAAACCAAUCGCCUGCUUUCUGUGUCUGGCCCAUCUCUUCACCGCCUGGGCUUUCUUAUGCCACCAACAUUGCAGAAACUGUAAUUCUCCCCUGUCCAUCUUGGCACCGCCAUGUUCAUCGGAGGUCCCUGAAACACGAGUUCUGUUAUGGGGUUGCAAAGAAGAUCAUCCAGUUUUAUUGGAUCCCUCGUGAUUGCAGUGCAGAGCUUGAUGGUGAUAACACAAAGGAGGAUGAUAUAGGCGUUCCAUCCCCACACCACCACAGGACAAUGAGCAGGAGAAUGUUGCUAAAAAAACUGCAGAGUAUGGUCCAGUGAUUAAUAUAGAGAACAAAGUAAAACUGCAAAGAACUGAGAUAAAACCACACAGCAUUGCAAUACAUGAAACAUUGUAUGAGAAACAGUCUGGAAGUGAUGCCAAUUCGUGUCCAGAUCAAUGUUGACGUUGAGCAAGAACAAUUGUAAUGAUACUAGGAGAAUAACUGAGCGUAACUUAGAAGAAAGACAGCAUAUGACACCUGGAAAUGAGUUGCCACUGAAACCCGAUGUGUUUGAACAGCAGCUGAAAAUGUAACUGUAACAGUGAUUGCUUGAGCCAAAGAAUAGGACUUGAAAUACUAGUUUCCUUCAGCAGAGAUUGGAGACACAGAAGAGGAAGAUGCUGGACUUCAGAGUGUUGGGGUUAUCUGAAGAUACGAAGGAAAGCAUCUCCAUAGAUCUAGUCUAUAAGCAACCUGAAGCACCUUGUUCUGGUCAAGGAUGCAGACAUCAGAGAUGUCAUAACCAGCCGUCACAGUCACACCAACAAGCCUUGAAACCGGCAUUGCCCUUUAUUUGUAGAAGGUCUCCUCGUGGUAACAAGGGUUCUCGCACAAAAGCAGAUGUAAAAGAACAAGUAUUUUAUUCUAAAGUUCAGCUUACCAGUGUUUCCAGAGUUACCAGUGAUGUAAAAGGUCAAGUUGUUGGUGUACAUGGAUCACCUCCAAAUACCAAUCUAACCAAAAGGAUAAGUCACAUGGAAGAGACCUUAACAGAAGAUGUCACCAGACGAAAAACACCUUCAGAAAACUUUGAAGGUUUAGCUGCUGAUGAAGAACAGAAGGAGCCACUUCCAGCAGAAUCGCAGCAUAAGAGUGCGCAGACGUCAAGAGCAGUCAACCGGGAGCAGGACACUCAAAUGAAAGUGCAUGAAAAUGAGGAGCUACACAGUAACCAGUGCAAAGACAAAAAGACAAGCCGGUGCAAAUCUAUUAUUGAUGAAGAAUUGGCGCAAAUCUGUAAGAAGAGAAUCAGAAAAGCCACACCACAGGAACUGUUAAUGUGUGAAUAUGAUGACUGUGGGAAGAUUUUUUCAAAGCGGCAGUACCUAAAUUAUCAUCAAAAAUACCAGCACAUGAAUCAGCGUACCUUCCGCUGCUCAGUAACAGAGUGCGGGAAGACAUUCAACUUUAAAAAGCAUCUUAAAGAGCAUGAGAAAAGACACAGUGACCGGAGGGACUUUAUCUGUGAAUUCUGUGCACGUGCAUUUCGGAGCAGUAGUAACCUCCUCAUACACAGACGUAUUCAUACAGGGGAGAAACCACUUCAGUGUGAGUUCUGUGGCUUUACCUGCAGGCAGAAGGCUUCCCUGAACUGGCAUAUGAAGAAACAUGAUGCUGAUUCUUUCUAUAGGUUCCCCUGUGAUAUUUGUGGUCAGAGGUUUGAGAAGCGAGAUAACCUUGCUGCCCACAAAAGUCGCAAGCAUCCAGUUCCCCGUGAGACAGCACCCCAAGACACCUCCCAGUCUGUAGCUUCCUCCAUUCAUGAAGCGUGUUAUGUUGAAGCCACCUGUAAGGAUGAUCACACUGAAGGUCUAACAAGGGACACUGACCAGGAGAUGAUACUCACAGCUCCAGAAGUUGUACAAGAGACUCUCUUCCCUGAAUACCUAGACUUAACAGAGAGUGUGCAGGAACCAUCCCAGCAGUCCAGUCAGACUCCAGGGAACGCUGGGAUAUCACUAGUGAUUGUUUUGUAAUAUCUGCCUCUCAAAUCACCACUAAUAUCAAGCAUGGAGAUUCAGCCAUGACAGACAGAUGCAGGAUGCAGCAUCCUUUCAUUGAAGGACAGCAUGUACACAAGGUUGACAGCCGAAUGUACCAGGCAAGGAAACCCAAUAAAUGAUUUCUGUUUUUUAUACAGUCACCACUCAUUGUAUAUCUUUCCAUGACUGACUAUAUGCAGUGCAGUAGAGUAAGCAAAUUACCCAAGGUUAAAGGAAAAGACUAGUUCUCCUUGUGGAGAUCCAAGUGGUUUAAGGAGUCUUACAGACAUUGCUCCCGGGAAACAUUUGCAAAGCAGUUCUCCUCCAGAAGGGAUAAAACAGUUUCUCAAGGUCCACCUAUAGGUAGCUAUGCUGUACCAUUAUUAGGGAUAUCAGCAAAACCAUAGACCACUGUCUAUAGGCAGCACUGUAUCACAGUUUUUGCUUCUCUCAGUACAUUCUUACAUAGAAAGGAUCAAAUGAGUUUUGCCCUAAACUAUGAAAAAAAUAAGUUUUAUAUUUCUGGAAAAUGAGCUGCCUGCUUUUGCAGCACACGGUGAGCCAGAAGUGUUGAGAUCUGCAUUAUAGAAAUUGUUCAUUUGCAUUCAAAUGGCUGGAGAAUUUAAGCAUUGUACACCAUAAGUGGACCUGUUUGUAUAAUAUAUAAUAAAGUAGUUCGCCCAUGAUUAUAUGACUUUUACCAAUUUUUCAGUUUGAAUAAUUUUAUAAAAUGUUAUUGCAUACUUUCUAUUGCACCCACUAGUGUUUUUAUUCCCUCUCAGAAUG